AUGCUAAGUACACGAGUGAAGAACUAUUGCAUUGUCAUGCUACGUGGGACUAUGCACAGCAUGUGCAACACCAGGAUCAUAGACAUCUCUUCUAAUCUACUUCUCAAUUGGUGGAACAAUUUGAAAACUUUGAAGUUUGCAGGAUUCAAAGUUCAGUUGGCCUUUGAUCAUUUAGAUAAAGUUGUGCGCGCUUACUUUGGUCUUCAAGUAGAUAAAUCAGAAGACGAACUCGAUACAAAAAUUAAAAGUCUUUCGGCAGCCUUUGAGCAAUUAACAGGAGAAAUGAAGGCAUUAAAGGAGACGCGUGAGUGUGUAGCUUUGGCAAAAGCUUCGAAAUCCGACAUAAUAAAGGACUGCUUGACAGAAGCAGCGACAAAGAAGUGGUGGCCAGCGGUCACCGGUCUACUUUGA